AUGACCCUUAUCGCUUUUUUUUCUGCUUCUUUUUCCUUUCUUUCUAAAUUUUGGUCGAAUACAGCCAUUUUUCGGAAGUUUUUUGCCUUCGUCUACUUCGAUUUAAAUAUUUAUUUAUUUAUUCCUUUUCUUUCUUUAUUUUCUUUCUUUUCUUUUUCAUUCUUACUUUCUUUAUUUCUUUCCUUUUCCUUUUUUCUUUCUUUUCUUUCUUCCUUUCCUGUUUCGUUCUUUCUUUAUUUGUUUCUGUCCUUUUUCUUUCUUUCCUUUUCGUUCUUAUUUUCUUUAUUUCUUUCCUUUUCCUUUUUUUCUUUCCUUCUUUUCUUUCUUUCCUGUUUCGUUCUUUCUUUCUUUCCUUUUCCUUUCUUUUCUUUCUUUUCUUUCUUUCUUUUCUUUCUUUCCUUUUCGUUCUUAUUUUCUUUAUUUCUUUCCUUUUCCUUUUUUUCUUUCCUUCUUUACUUCUUUCCUUUCUUUCCUGUUUCGUUCUUUCUUUCUUUAUUUACAUCCUUUUCUUUUCUUUCUUUUCUUUUCUUCCUUUCCUGUUUCGUUCUUUCUUUCUUUAUUUCUUUCCUUUUCCUUUCUUUUCUUUCUUUCUUUUUUUUCUUUCUUUCUUUUCUUUCUUUCCUUUUCGUUCUUACUUUCUUUAUUUCUUUCCUUUUUCUUUUUUUUUUUCCUUCUUUUCUUUCUUUCACUUUUUGUUCUUACUUUCUUUAUUCCUAUCCUUUUCCUUUCUUUUCUUUCUUUCUUUCUUUCUUUCUUUCUUUCUUUCUUUCUUGUUUCGUUCUUACUUUCUUUAUUUCUUUCCUUUUCUUUCUUUUCUUUCUUUCUUUUCUUUCUUUCUUUUCUUUCUUCCCUGUUUAUUAUAUAAACUAUUAUAUAAUAUUUAUUUAUAUCCUUUUUCUUUCUUUUCUUUUCUUUUCUUCCUUUCCUGUUUCGUUCUUUCUUUCUUUAUUUAUAUCCUUUUCCUUUCUUUUCUUUCUUUUCUUUUCUUCCUUUCCUGUUUCGUUCUUUAUUUAUUUAUUUACCUUUCUUUUCUUUCUUUCUUUUCUUUCCUUCUUUCCUUUCUUUCACUUUUCGUUAUUACUUUCUUUAUUUCUAUCCUUUUCCUUUCUUUCUUUCUUUCUUUUUUCUUUCUUUCUUUCUUUCUUUCUUUCUUUCUUUCUUUCCUGUUGCGUUCUUACUUUCUUUAUUUCUAUCCUUUUCCUUUCUUUUCUUUCCUUCUUUUCUUUUUUUCCUGUUUCGUUCUUUCUUUCUUUCUUUCUUUAUAUCCUUUUUCUUUCUUUUCUUUUCUUCUUUUCCUGUUUCACCAUUCUUUCUUUCUUUCUUUCUUUCUUUCUUUCUUUCUUUCUUUCUUUCUUUCUUUUUUUAAAAUGUAGUCCUUUCUGUCUUUCUUUCAUUUUGGAAUGUAGACCAUACUUUCUUUCUUUCUUUCUUUCAUUCUUUCUUUCUUUCUUUCUUUUUAAAAUACCAUACUUUCUUUCUUUCUUUCUUUCUUUCUUUUUUUUAAAAUGUAGUCCAUGUCUUUCUUUCAUUUUGGAAUUAGACCAUACUUUUUUCUUUCUUUUCUUUCAUUCUUUCUUUCUUUCUUUCUUUUUAAAAUGUAGUCCUUUCUGUCUUUCUUUCAUUUUGGAAUGUAGACCAUUCUUUCUUUCUUUCUUUCUUUCUUUCUUUCAUUCUUUCUUUCUUUCUUUCUUUUUUGUAGUCCUUCUGUCUUUCUUUUGUUUUGGAAUGUAG